GGCAGUGGGUGUUUGUUUCCAGUCGGACUGUGGUUUAUGCGAGCCUGUUUGGCGCCUGUUAUCAUUAGCUACAGACCGUAGGUUUGAUUUUUGUUUGUUUCGCGAUGCCUUCAGAAAAUCUACGAUGGAAAACUUUAGAGGGCUUAAAAAAUUCACCAAAGGGACAGGUGACCUUCGACCCGUACUGGUCUGAGAGAGGAGAGCAUAUUCUGGCUGGUUGCAAAGAGACCCUGAGCUUGUCCUCUCAUUCUGCGGUCAUACUUGAGCAGAUCGACUCUAAGUCCCUGCACAAGUCGUCCUUCCUGGACUCCAGUUCUGCAGACUCUGAGGAGAGUCCAGCCUCCGUUUCCUGCUCAGCAUCCACAGCAGACCUCAACGGCAAGCUCACCACACUUUCGUCAGCUCCAUCUCUGAAAGAUCAACAGAAAGAUAUUUCGGGGUUGUUACCGAAGCUUAACGUACUUCAGGCGGUCAGUGAUGAGACGAGAGAUGAAAGUCCAGAGGCAGACAUCAGCGAAGUCUCUAGUCCUUCUCCCCCACCUGCCAUUUCCCUGCUGUCACCCAAAGCCAUGGAGAUGGCUGGCCACAUCAUCCGCUUCGAGGAAGAUCAGCGAGAGAAGGCCAAGAUGGCGCUCCGAGAGCGGCAGGCCAAGCAGGAGAAGCUGGUGGAGUCGGUGGCGAGCGACAAGUUGGAGCACCUGAAGCGCUUCGAGGAGCUGAGGGAGCUGAAGCAGAGGCAGGAGUUCCAGAGUAUAAGGGACAUGAUGGACAGAGAAACCAAAGAGAUCAUGGGGCGACACGAGAAGCUGAAGGAAGAGCAGCGGCACCGGAUAAAGAUCCAGAACCUGCGUCUGAGGGAGCUGGAGCAGCAGCGACUCCGUGAGGUGGAGCAGGAGAAGCAGAGGCAGGCGGAGGGCAGAGAGAGGCUGCGGAGCCUCAACAGCAUCCAGGAGGAGAUCCUGCAGAUCAACCAGCUGCUGGAGCUGUCUGGCCAGACCGGCAGCGACCUCCCGGCGGCCAGCCUCACCUCCUACAGCUCCCGCGGGAACCAGCUGUGCUCCCAGGUGUCGGAGGUGGUGAGAAAGACGGCGGAGGGAGAGUUUCCAAGCUUGGAGGACAUGACCGUGGCAGAGCGAGCGCUCUGCGACAUGAGGUUGGCGAUCCGGCAGAUGGAGGAGGAGGCAGCCAGGGUUCGGGAGAAGAAGAAGGAGGAGCAGGAGCAGGAAGAGGAGCGCAGAAAGCAGGAGGCUAUGCAGGCGCAGCAGGAGGCGCAGAAGAAGGCAGAGCAGGCAGCCAAAGAGAAGGCACAGAAAAAAGGGCUGCAGAACAGCGCUGAAGAGAGCACCAUGAAGUGGUACAAGGAGCUGCAGGACUCGGCUGCUCGGUGCACUCAGUCCUUUGAACAACUCAGUACUCCAAAAGACCCGCAGACAAAGAAACUGAAGCUGGAGCUGCAAAAAGCAGCCACCAUCCCCGUCAGCCAGAUCUCCACCAACUCCGGGUCGCAGCUCAGAGAGAUCUUCGACAAGAUCGACAAGCUGCUGUCAGGACGGGCCGUGGUGUCUGGAGGGAAGUCCGUCUCCGCCUCGCAGCAUCCUCAAGGCCUGGAGUUCGUGGGCUGCAAGCUGGCAGAGAAGUUUGUGAAACAAGGCGAGGAAGAGGUGGCGUCCCACCAUGAAGCAGCCUUCCCCAUCGCCGUGGUGGCCUCCGGCAUCUGGGAGCUGCACCCUCAGGUGGGCGACCUCAUCCUCGCUCACCUGCAUAAGAAGUGCCCGUACGCAGUCCCACACUACCCCCCGAUGAAGGAUGGCACAUCUGUGGAGGAAUAUCAGAAGAUUCUGGGUUACCGUGUGGAUGACUCUGGGGUCGAAGGUCAGGACAGCUUUCUGAAGAGGAUGUCUGGCAUGAUCCGCCUUUACGCUGCUGUGAUUCAGUUGAGGUGGCCCUACGGCACCAAGCAGGGGGCUGUUUCUCAUGGGUUGAACCACGGCUGGCGCUGGUUGGCCCAGAUGCUCAACAUGGAGCCUCUGGCAGACAUCACAGCGACGCUGCUCUUUGACUUCCUGGAGGUUUGCGGCAACGCCUUGAUGAAACAGUAUCAGGGUCAGUUCUGGAAGCUCAUCCUGCUGCUGAAAGACGAGUACUUCCCCAGAAUCGAAGCGGUGACCAGCAGUGGACAGAUGGGCUCCGUCAUCAGGCUGAAGCAGUUCCUGGAGACAUCGCUGCAGAGUCGACAGAUCAGUCCACCCAAAGGCCAGCUGAGCUCCACGUUCUGGAGGUCCUGAUGGACGAGGUUCUUCUCUGACGUCUGUAAGAACCGAACCAAAGAGAUGAUGUUGAGGAAACCUCUGUGAGGGAAACGGCUCUGUCUUUUCAUGCUUGGAGAGACCCUGGAGGUCACCUGGAGCGCACACUUCGAGUUUUAUGCAUCAUCAUUAGCGAGGCGAUCUCUCCUGGAAGAUUUGAAGAUCUUCUGGACUUUUCUCAUGGAUGAACCUAAACCAUCAUGAAUGAAGAUGCUGCUCGUUGCCCUACAGACUGGAUCACCUCCUUAAUUUUUAUAUAUUUUUAUUUUCUCCUGAAUCGCUCCAAGCCAAGAUACUUUCGGGUUCUGAUGAAUUCAGACACUUUAACACUAAAACCGCCGUCCUGAAGACAUCUUGGUCCAGGCGUGUGUGAAAUGCACGGAUUAUUUAGAUCUUUCUGAUUAUUUAUGAGCAGCAUCACAAGCUCAGCUGAGCUGUUCAUUAAAGAGGUGCGAAAACAACGUGCUGCGUCCCGAUUUAACUCUGAAUCAGAUUCUUUUAAUUAGUGGUUUUACCGUUAAAAUGCUCAUGAAUCAGUUCAUUCGUCACAGUUCAGUUCAAACAUUAGGAGUUGUAAGAUUUGAAUGUAUUUAUUUUUUCCACGAGUCCACUGUGUGGAACUGAGAUGUUAUCACAGAGAUCAUUUUAUCGUGACAAUGAAGCAGAACUCUGGCUGUUUGUGGCGGAUGAAUGUCGUGUUUGACUAAAAACCGAUGUAAUCUACAGAAACUGUUUAGAAUAAAAUGAGCCAGGGGUUUUUCUUUCUUUCUGAAAAUACAUUUUUUUCUUCUGUAAUUUCUCUUUAAAUAUAAACAUUUUCCAUUGGGAGAUAAAACAUACGAGGUUUUCAUAGUAUAUGAUAAUGUUGGGUAGAAAUAGCAGAAUUUUAAAAGUGUUUACACCAAAAGGUAAAACCAACAAAAUGAUCUAUUUGCUUCUAUUUCAAACAGAAAUGCAGCCGUUACUCCUACUGUUGCUAAAAUAACGUUUAGAUCAUCAUAGUUCUAACAAUAUAUAACAUUUUAUUUUCAUGUUGGGCACACAAACUGAGCAAUGGUCUUCACAGUGGCGCAGUUCUCACUGCUGCUGCUGUGCAGCAAGAAGGUCCUGGGUUCAAAUCCUGGCCUGCAGUGUUUCUACAUGGUGUUUGCAUGUUUUCGGACUGUUGAUUGGUUUCUCUAAAUUGUCCUUAGAUGUAAAAGUAUGCAUUCAUGGUUGUUUUCCCUGUGAAGAAUAUUCCUAUGUUGACCUGUGCAGGGUGUACCCAGUGAGCUGGAGAUGGGCUCCAGCCUCCUGCUACUAUGCCUGGAUAAGCACACAUAAAUGUGUGUUUUUGAUGGGUUGUUUUUUAUACUCCUGUCUGAGAAUAUGUCCUAUCUGGCUUUUGUUUCAGUGCUGCAGGAAGUUUCAGCAUCUUAAUAUGCAUUUGACAGUUUGAUCAGGAUCUAAGCCAGGCUGCCACUGACUUUUGAGGUUGAAAAAUUCUUCCUCGUUAAGGUAGACCGCUGCAGCUCUUUGCACCACUGCUGCAGAAUCAUGUGUAAACACAAGUAUUGCAGCGGUGACCCAAAAAUAUUGUAUUUCAUGCAAUUUGUGGAACACGUUUUACUCACCUCACCAUUCAGGAUGCUUUUAUUGACAUCACUGGACAUACUUUAUAAAUAAUUGGGCUAAUUAUUAUAUGACCACUUCGGGGUACCCAUAAAGCACAGAAAUGGCAUUCCUAGAUGGUCAGUUGAUCCUUUAAUGCACAGACCUGCAGUCCUUGGAGGGCUGGCGUCCUACUUUCAGAUGUGUCUCUGCUUCAGCCCAACUGAAUCACAUGAUUGGUCAUUAGCAGGACUGUCUGGAUCAGAAAGUUUAAGGACACCGGCCAUCGAGUACUGGAUUCUGACACCCCUGCUUUAACGUGAUAAACUAAUGUACCUGGUCCCGACUCAGCAGAACACUGUGAAUUCCACCCCGUUGAUCCCAGUAUACAUUCAUUCAGAAUAGGAUCAGAUAAAAAGCAACACACGGGACUCAUGUUGCUCACAAAAUCUAGAAAUAUAUUUUUAAUAUGGUUAUAAUUCUCUUCCUUCAGUGUGUGGUGGAGGGGCUCUAUGCUCCUUACAGCCAGAGAAAACUCAGCUUAAACUGGUAGGUUCUCUGGUUGUUCAUUAAAAGAACUUCAAACUGUAGCAACGAUGUGAUGGAAUAUUUUAGUGAACCCUUUGCAUACAUUGGCACCGUCAGCCAGUCCAUUCAUAAUUUGUUUAUUUAUUUGUAUAUUUCUGACAUGCAUCAUUGAUCACCCAACUUCUUUCUUAAAGGAAAUAAAAACAAAAUGUUCCAAACUUA